AUGGUGAAUCGCCUACCGCCUCACAGCCAGACCCUCUUCGCGGCCAAGACGGCCAAGGGCCUCACCUUUGCCGACGUGGCCGCGCACAUUGGCCGCGACGAGGUGGCCUGCGCGGCGCUCUUUUACGGGCAGGCCCAGGCGACCGCCGCGGACGUGGCUGGGCUGUCCGAGGUGCUGGGCGUGCCGCGCGAGACGCUCGCGGCGAGCGGCCUGGUCGCGGGGGCGUUUCCGGACCGCGGGCGCGCGGGGCCGAUGCCGCCCGUGGAGCCGCUCAUCUACCGACUGUACGAGAUUGUGCAGAAUUACGGCUACGCCUUCAAGGCGGUGCUGAAUGAAAAGUUUGGCGAUGGCAUCAUGAGCGCCAUCAACUUUAGCGCAAAGGUGGACAAGGAGGUGGCCGAGAAUGGGGACGAGUACGCCGUCAUUACGCUGCGAGGAAAAUGGCUUCCUUACUCCCGAUUUUGA